CAGGCGCGCGGUGACAGCCUCCACGUUUACGCAGAGCAGAGCGCACGGAGCGGAGCAGCGCGAGGCGGUGGAGUCAGCUGUCUGUCAUCAGCUGAGAGAGAGAGAGAGAGAGAGAGAGAGAAGAGAGGAGAGGAGAAGAGGGGAAGAGAAGGGAAAUAAAGAAAGGAGAAGAGAGGACAGGAGGGAGGAGUGAACGCUCCGGGUUCAAACUGACACACCGGCCUGAGAGAGAAGAAGACCAGAAGAAGAAGAGACAGAAGAGCGCAAGAAAGAGAGAGAGAGAGAAGGGGAGAGAAAGUGACAGGCGUUACCGAAACUAGACGAACCAAAGCGUCGACAUGAGCGGCCAGUUCGAGGAAGACAUCUACGACCGGGGCGAGAGGAAGAGCAACAAGUCCCCGACGCUGCUCUCCUCUUACUGCAUAGAGAGCAUUCUGGGCCGCCGCAGCCCCUGUAAGGUCAGACUGAUCGGAGCGCAAAGUUUGACGGGUCUUCCCGGCAGAGGAGAGCUCGACAAACCCGCGGACGGGCCAACUAAAGACCCCCUGUCUCUCAGCGCUGACAUCCACCUGCCACCAAAGCUCCGCCGGCUGUACGGGCCCGGCGGCAAGUACCUCCACGACCACGCAGCGAAGCUGGACAGGGAGCGACUGCUCCUGGAGCAGGCCAGCGACGGCCUCAAGAUCAGCCAGGCGCCCCAGGUGAGCAUCAGCCGCAGCAAGUCUUACCGGGAGAACGCGUCCCUGAGCCGGGGAGAGGGCGACCAGAGCCCCGUGGAGUGCUCGGAGGACGGCAGCCUGGGGCUGGUGGAGCUCGGCCCGCUGAAGUUCGAGGAGGACGCGGCGGGGAAGGAGGAGGAGAGCUGUGCGGACGCGGCGACCCUGUCCCCGAAGGACGAGGAGAGGGAGAGCUUGAAUGCCGGGGAUGGGGAGGUGAGGGACGGGGAGGACAGCGUGUGUCUUUCGGCGGGCAGUGACUCGGAGGAGGGGAUGCUGAAACGGAAGCAGAGAAGAUACAGGACUACGUUCACCAGUUACCAGCUGGAGGAGCUGGAGAGAGCUUUCCAGAAGACACACUACCCCGACGUGUUCACCAGAGAGGAGCUCGCAAUGCGCCUGGAUCUCACCGAGGCCCGUGUCCAAGUGUGGUUCCAGAACCGUAGGGCCAAGUGGAGAAAACGCGAGAAGGCCGGGGUGCAGGCCCACCCAUCGGGCCUGCCUUUCCCAGGCCCCCUGGCGGCGGGCCACCCUCUUAGCCACUACCUGGACGGAGGCCCCUUUCCUCCCCAUCCCCAUCCGGCCCUGGAGUCUGCCUGGACGGCUGCCGCAGCAGCGGCCGCAGCUUUCCCAGGCCUGGCCCCACCGCCACACAAUGGCGCUGCCCCACCCCUGGCCACCCAGCUCGGCCUGGGCACUUUCCUGGGCACGGCUGCCAUGUUUCGCCACCCUGCCUUCAUCGGACCCACUUUUGGCAGGCUCUUCUCCAGUAUGGGUCCCCUGACCAGUGCUUCCACUGCUGCCGCUCUCCUCCGCCAGCCCGCCCCUCCCGUGGAGAACCCCUCCCAUGUGGGGCCCGUCCUCCCCGACCCUUCCGUCUCCUCCUCUUCCUCCCCCUCUUCCUCAGCGGACCGCAGGGCCUCCAGUAUCGCUGCGCUCCGCCUCAAGGCCAAGGAACACUCGGCUCAGCUCACCCAGCUUAACAUCCUGCCCGCCGGAGCCUCGGGGAAGGAGGUGUGCUGAACACUCCCAAUGCCAGCCCUAGCCCCCCCCCCCUGUCCCGGGCUUGCGUCCCAUUCCAUGACACCCCUGCUAUGUCCCCCUUCUUGAAAGACCCCUUCAUACCUCUGGAGGAAGCUGCCUCCAUGUCACCCAUGUCCCCUGUGUUCAACCAUCCCUGUUACCUCAUGUUUCCCCAACAAAAUAGCACGACCAAAUUCAAAAGAGCACCGGCUGAGAAGAGUGUGUGUUUGUGUGUGUAUAGCACAACAUUGUUUAACACAGAAUAACAAUAUUUUAAGCAUAAAAAAU